UAUUUCCUGCAGCGAGCCGGGCGGGACUAUGUGGUCUUUGAGCGGAGCCACGCUCCCGGCAGCUUCUUCGCCCUCUACCCUCGCCACCGCAAGCUCAUCAGCAUCAACAAGCGGUACACGGGCAAAUCCAACAGUGAGUUCAACCUGCGCCACGACUGGAACUCACUCCUCAGCCACGACCACCGGCUGCCUUUCCGGCACUACUCCCGCGACUUCUACCCCAGCGCUGACGAGAUGGUGCGUUACCUGGAGGACUUCGCUUCCUUGCUGAAGCUGCAGGUUCAGUACAACACGGCCAUUAUUCAUGUCACGCUGGAGAGGGAUGAGCAAGCCUGGAAUGGCCACUACUUCAUCCUGACCGACCAGGACAGGCAGAACUACAAGUGCAGCUGCUUGUUGGUUGCCACUGGGACAUGGGUCCCCAACGUGGUAAACUUCCCUGGCUCAGAAUACGUCGAGGGUUACGAGACUGUGUCCACCAACCCAGAGGAUUUUGCUGGCCAAACCGUGCUGAUCUUGGGCCGAGGGAACUCAGCCUUUGAGACUGCAGAGAACAUUCUGGGUGUCACAAAUUUCAUCCACAUGGUGAGCCGGUCCCGCGUGCGCCUCUCCUGGGCCACCCACUACGUCGGGGAUCUGAGAGCGAUUAAUAACGGCCUGCUGGACAACUAUCAGCUGAAAUCUCUGGAUGGGCUUCUGGAGGGUGACUUGGAAGAUCUGGCUAUCGUCAAGGACAAGAAAGGGAAGCUGCACAUCACGCUCCGGUUCUACCUGGAGAACAGGAACAUCAGCGCAGGCACUGACUCCAUCACCCUCCCGCAGGAUGAACUGGAUAAUUUUGCCCCGCGUGCACCUUACGACCGUGUCAUCCGCUGCCUGGGCUGGAAGUUUGACUUCUCUAUCUACAACAGAUCCCUUAAAAUGAUGCCAGGGAAAGGGGACAAAAAGAAGUAUCCUCAGAUCAAACCCAACUACGAGUCCACAAGCACCCGGGGGCUCUUUGUUCUCGGCACUGCUAGCCAUUCCAUUGAUUUCAGGAAAUCUGCUGGGGGCUUCAUCCAUGGAUUCCGGUAUACAACUCGUGCAGUCCACCGCCUACUGGAAAAGCGUCACCAUGGUGUCUCCUGGCCAUCCACAGUCUACCCUGUUACACAGCUGACCAAUUCCAUCAUCAAGCGGGUGAACGAGGCCUCAGGCCUCUACCAGAUGUUCAGUGUUCUGGCUGACAUCAUACUGCUGAGAGAGAAUGCUACAGCAUUUGAAUACCUGGAAGAGUACCCAGUUGGAAUCCUGGCUGAGCUGGAAACACAGACAGGGAGAAAGGCUCCCAGUGGGCUGUUUGUCGUCAUCAUGGAGUAUGGGAAGAAUUUCUCUGGGGCUGACAAGGAUGUCUUCUACUAUAACCGAGCUGUGGGAGAGGCACAGCAUGCCUGGCAGUCCAACUUUUUGCACCCUGUUAUUUACUAUUACAAACACCUCCCAACAGAGCAUGAGAUGAAACUUCGACCCCCAGAUUGGCCUCUCCCCCGCCCCGAUGCCAUCCAUCACAUUGUGGAGGACUUUCUGACAGACUGGACAGCCCCGAAUGCCCACAUCCUGCCCCUGAGGCGGUUUUUGGAGAACUGCCUCGGCACUGACUUGCGCAAUUUCUUUGCAGAGUCCUGUUUCCUGUUUGCCCUCACCCGUCAGAAGCUGCCUCCCUUCUGUCGGCAGGGCUACAUGAGAAUGCAAGGUCUGGAGGGGAGUGAGGGGCUCCAGCGCCACGCGGUAGAAGCUGGCCUGCUGCAGGAUUACAGCAUCACAGACUUCUUGGGUGACAGACCCCCUGACAGCCACAAAGGGUCAGAGGACCAGCUGCUGAGAGAUCAUGCGGUAUCGGUUCGUCCACUGCAGCAUCUCGUUAAUGCCAAGGAUGAGCUUUAA